AUGUCCCCAUCAGGAAUCAAUCCCCGCACCACUGCCGCUCUUCAAGAGGCAGGUUUCCAUCUCGUUGGCUGCAGCGCAUAUAUGGCUAUCAUACUUAAGUCUCUCUCAUGCUGCUUGAAACACACCCCGCAAUAUAUUGUCCUCGUUGGACCAAUCAUAAUCUGGCUCUUCAUAUCGAGUCUUUGUCAAACUUAUAACAGAUUUCAAGAGGUUAUCGAGAACUGGAAGAGUGAUGGGGUCAUGGGAAAGUUGGGAAAGAGAUUCAAGCAGGGUAAUGAUCAAGCUACCGGAAAACCAAAGAGAAAGAAUCAUCGUGGUGGAAAUAAGACUAAGAAGUCGGAGACCAAGCGAGAGGACACUGCAAGUCCUAUCUUUGGAGAGAACUAAGGGCAUAUUGAUGGCUAUCUAAAGUAAUGCAAAGUAAUACAUGAUAAUCUCUCGACGGAUUGGUGGUAGAGGGACUAUUGUCA